GCUGCGUCAUCACGCCGCGACGCCGUCUCCAUGGCUGCAGCGGACACCGAGAUGUACCGCAAGGAGAAGAGCAUCCAGCUGAAGAGCAGCAGCGCGGCGCUGUACAACAACCUGAGCGUGCUGCGCCUGCCCGGCCGGCAGCUCGCCUGCUUCAGCGCCGUGCACGGCCCCAGCGUCAACGUGGUCAGCGCCGCCACCGACGGGCUCGGCUUCUCCCACCGCCAGCUGCAGGCGAAGGAGGGCGGGAUGGCCGUCAGCACCUCCGUCCUCACCCAGGCUGCUUGGUGUGUCCUGCCGUCACGGGUCCUGCUGGUGCUGACCUCUCAGAAAGGGAUUCAGAUGUAUGAGUCCGAUGGCUCCAUCAUGGUUUAUUGGCACGCACUGGAUGUCACGGAGCAUCCUCCAGGACAAGCAGUGUUUGCUCGAGGGAUUGCUGCAGCUGGCGGACACUUCAUCUGCGUGGGGACAUCCUCUGGUCUGGUGCUGGUGUUUGACAUCCCCCCUAAAGGGACGAACAUCACGGUGAGCGAGAUCCUGGAGCAGCACCGCGAUGCCAUCACCGACAUUGCAGCAGAGCUGGGCCAGGCUCCGGAUGGGGCUGGUGACCUGGUGACAGCUGAUGACGCUGGGGCCCUGUGUGUCUGGAGCACAGGAGAGGAGUUCACCCUGCUCAGCAAAAUCCCGGCCUUUGGCUGCACCUGCUCCUCCGUGAAGCUGUGGAACGGGGUCGUGGCUGCUGGCUAUGGAAACGGGCAGAUUCGGCUGUAUGAGGCAGCAACAGGCCUCCUGCGUGCCGAGGUCAACGCUCACGCUCGAUGGAUCUACGCACUGGACCUGGCGCCGGAGACAGGAAAGCUGCUGUCGGGCGCAGAGGACUCCUUUGUUCACGUCUGGAAGCUCAGCAGGAACCCGGACACCGACGAUGUCGAGAUCGAGCACUGCCACGGUGAGUGUGUGACCGACACCCAGGUCUGCGGUGCCCGCUUCUGUGACCCCGAGGGAAACUCCUUCGCCGUGACCGGCUACGACCUGAACGAGAUCUUCCGCUACGGCCGGGUGUAGGCUGCGAGCCGUGAGGUCUGUCCAGGGGCAGGGCUGAGGCCACGCAGGGAGAGCCGGGCUACCCCUGCACCACAGUGCAUCGGCACCAAGCCACCGUAAGCAAAGGGGGUUCAGCACAGCCCCCCCGACUUCUGCUCCAUGGGGCCUGUUGGCAGCGACACAGGGCUGUACCCCCAACAGGGUGGAAAUCUGUGUGAAGGUGGAGCUGAGCCAGGAUCCCCUCACUCCCAAAGCAAACCUGCCCUCAGCGUGGCACAUCCGUGCACAGGGAACAUGGGCUUGGAGCUGCUCUGGCUACGCAGGACCCGACUCCGCAGCCCUGCGGGUCCCUGGGCCAGGUGCUGUCCUCCCACCCGCCCCCCCAGCCCUUCCUGGAGGGAAGGAGGCAGCAGAGGCAGCGUGGCUGGGAACAGAACCGGCUCCCCUCUUCCCAGCGGCAGCUCUGGUUCAGACGGGAGAGGUUCCAGGGCGAACCUGUGUUACACGCUGCUCCGGCCAGGAGAGCCUCAGGAGUUGGUCCCAGCCGGUGUGGCGGCGCCUCGUGGGUGCAGCACCCAUGGAGCCACCCUCCCCUGGGGCAGCAGAGUUACCUGGGAGGAGGAGAGGAGCCUCUUCCCCAGGGAGCCGUGGGGACACACAGGUCCCCGUGGGACCUAGCAUCCCCAAGGCUGCUGGCCAGAUGUGUGGGGCCACAGCUGUGCUCCUGGGCUGGAAAAGGCAGAGGCAGCUGCACUGUGCUCUCUGCCAAGGAUAGUCCCCCAGGUCACUGCAGCAGAGCCACGCUGCUGCCAUGUUGUCCCCCUGUUCUCGCCCUGCGCCCCUCCUCAGCUGGCUUUCACACUACCUCCUGCCUAGACCAGCUCUGCUGGAGCAGAUGCCGUGCCUGGGCUUCCCCCUGGCUCUGCCUUGGCCCCUUCCCCCAGGGGCUGCCCUGCCCCAGCCCUCCUGUCCCCAUCCCUUCCCGCAGCCAGGAGCUGAUGUGUCCCCAGGGAUGAACUCGGCCUCUGGCUCCGCUCCCAGGGCCCUGUGGGACCAGGGGUGCACGGAGGGCCCCAGCCCUGUGCCAUAGGGUGAGCUCAGCGCGGGACAGGCCCUGGGGGAAGGGAGGAGAGAUGCUGGCCAGGGGGCUUCCCCCACCCCCAGCCCCUCCUGCUACACUGGGGCAAAGGCUGCAGCCAGGGAUCCAGCUCCCCCUCUGCUGCCCAACCCCAAGCUAUGGGGCACAGACCCACCUCCACCUUGUGUGCCCCACUAUCAUUCCCCCCCUCAAAACAUAUCCCCCCUAUGAGCUAGGGCCCCUGCUCCCCGCCACGUAAGGGUCAGUCACCCCAUGCUAUACCCCCGCCAUGUGCUAUAUCUCCCCCCUCAGCUGUGGGUCAGGACCCCACACUCCUGUUUCCCACCCUCAUCGGCCGUGUACUCCCCACCCCACCCAUGAUAAAAACACCUGAAUGA